UAUGGUGCUACAUUGGAAUCUCAUGAAUACGGACAGUGGAACCCCGUUAUUAUGGAUACUAUAGGCAACCGUAAAAGUUUCCUCGUACAGUGGAACCCCAUUAAUACGGACACCAUAGCGAACCGUGAAAGUUUCCCCGUACAGUGGAACCCCCUUAAUACGGACACCAUAGGGAACCGUGAAAGUUUCCCCGUACAGUGGAACCCCAUUAAUACGGACACCAUAGCGAACCAUGAAAGUUACCCCAUUAAUACGGACACCAUAGCGAACCGUAAAAGUUUCCUCGUACAGUGGAACCCCAUUAAUACAGACACCAUAGGGAACCGUGAAAGUUUCCCCGUACAGUGGAACCCCCUUAAUACGGACACCAUAGGGAACCGUGAAAGUUUCCCCGUACAGUGGAACCCCAUUUAUACGGACACCAUAGGGAACCGUGAAAGUUUCCCCGUACAGUGGAACCCCCUUAAAACGGACACCAUAGGGAACCGUGAAAGUUUCCCCGUACAGUGGAACCCCAUUUAUACGGACACCAUAGGGAACCGUGAAAGUUACCCCGUACAGUGGAACCCCAUUAAUACGGACACCAUAGGGAACCGUGAAAGUUUCCCCGUACAGUGGAACCCCAUUUAUACGGACACCAUAGGGUACCGUGAAUGUUUCCCCGUACAGUGGAACCCCCUUAAAACGGACACCAUAGGGAACCGUGAAAGUUUCCCCGUACAGUGGAACCCCAUUAAUACGGACACCAUAGGGAACCGUGAAAGUUUCCCCGUACAGUGGAACCCCAUUUAUACGGACACCAUAGGGUACCGUGAAUGUUUCCCCGUACAGUGGAACCCCCUUAAUACGGACACCAUAGGGAACCGUGAAAGUUUCCCCGUACAGUGGAACCCCCUUAAUAUGGACACCAUAGGGAACCGUGAAAGUUUCCCCGUACAGUGAAACCCCAUUUAUACGGACACCAUAGCGAACCGUGAAAGUUACCCCAUUAAUACGGACACCUUAGCGAACCGUGAAAGUUUCCCCGUACAGUGGAACCCCAUUAAUACGGACACCAUAGGGAACCGUGAAAGUUUCCCCGUACAGUGGAACCCCCUUAAUACGGACACCAUAGGAUGAAAACCGUAAUGCGGUUCUCAUACAAAAAAAAAUAUAUUUAUCUUAAUAUAUAUUUUUUGGUUUUAUAGAUAUCAGUAUUGUAAAGUUUGGUUCGGUAAAAAAUUAACAUAAUGCGGUAUGAUAUAUACAAGGAUAUACUUUAUAAUAUUACUAUAAAGUUAAGAUCUUAUAUUUAUCAUAAAUAAAGAUUGACUGCCUAAUAAA